GCGUUCGCGACUUCCUGGACCUGCCGAUGGCGUGUGCCGCGGCACCCGCGCCUUCGGCGCCCGCUGCUGCGCUGGGCGGCGGCGAUGCGCAGGUGGCGUCUACGGGCAUCGAUUUCAGCCAGUUCAAGCACAGCCAAGUGUGGGGCGACGGCUUCGCUCGUGCCGAGGACCGUUUCCCAGGGUUCGUGGGCUUGCAGCUCAUGGAGAUCCUGUUUCACUUCUAUCCCAUCUCGAAGGGCGCCUCGAUCAAGUUCAUCAACGGCGCAGGGCAGUGGGCCAUCUGGAGGGACCCCUUGAACAGCUCUCGCGGGGACGAGGCUACGAUAGAGGACCCUGGACCCUGCCGAACUUCUAAACGCAGCCACGCAACCAUCCUUGACCGUAUUACCUUAUUUAUUCUCUUCAUCGCUUUGCUCCUUCUCCUUCUCGUGAAGGAUAGGGCCGCCAGCAUCGAGACCGUAGGCUUGCUUCAUGGUCUCCGAGGCGGUGCGUGGGUCAGGGCUGGCUCCAAAGAUAACGCCAUGGGCCCCGCCGCCACCUUCACCACGCUCCACUGGGGGUCAUUGUGCGACGGCGUCAAGAGGGCCUUCGACCGUGACCCGAAGAAGUUGAAUGCGAAGGUCCAGCGCAGCGUUGCCCUCGGCUUGCAGGACGUCACCGUGUUCCCGUUCGACACCCCGAGGGACGUCUGCGAGAAGCUGGUGUCCUUGGGCAACUCCAUGAACAACAAAGCCUUGUCGACCACCUUCGUCGAGGUUUGCGAGUCGACCGACGUCAUCGAGGCGACGUGGGACAAGCAGAAGGAGGAUUUUGGCUGGACUCAUUCCAGCAUCGGGCAGACGGCCACGGAGGCCAACAAGAAGGCGAUGUUCAAGGCCGCGUUCGAUUACCCACGCUGGGACUCCGUCCCGAUGUACGAGAAUUGCCGCAAGUUCUACGCCGGCGCCAAGGCCCUGGUCAUCAAGCGCGGGUCGGGCGCUGAG